AAAUGAAAAGAUUGCAGAAUCCUUUAGAACAAGUUAAUGAUGGAAAAUAUUUACUUGAAAAUCACCAGAUGGCCAUGGAUAUGGAGAAUAAUAUUGAAAAAUAUCACCUCAAUCUACAGCCUCUGGAAUCAAAGGUGAAAGUCAUUCAGAGAGCCUGGCGUGAGUACCUGCAGCGACAGGACCCCCCGGAGAAAAGGAGCCCGUCCCCGUCCUCUGUGUCCUCAGAGAAGCUGAGCAGCUCUGUCAGCAUGAACACCUUCUCAGACAGCAGCACACCCGGUAGCUCGUCAGCACCAUGGAGAGGUCUGUGCAGUGUGGAACGACGUGGGACUGUGACCGGAGCAAGCAAUCUGACAGU